GAGCAGAUCAUCUAUUGCCAUCAUCAUCAUCAUCAGUAACAGCGCAAUGGCCAAAGAUGGGAGCAGUACACAAAGACAGGCUCCAAGCUUCACAACUUCAUUAAUGGCAGGCGCAUUAUCCGGCUUAUCGGUUGAUCUGUUAUUUUAUCCAAUAGAUACUCUCAAGACAAGGUUACAAUCUUCUCAAGGUUUUUGGAGAUCAGGAGGAUUUACUGGCAUUUAUAGAGGAAUCGGAAGUGUGGCAGUUGGAAGUGCACCGGGAGCAGCUUGUUUCUUUGUCACAUAUGAAAGCUUGAAACCAAUCUUUGCAAAUAUAGAAUCAAGCAAUGGCAAAGAUGGUCUAUGGGCUACUGCAGGUUCACAUAUGGUCGCUGCAAGCUUGGCCGAAGUGGUUGCUUGUAUGAUUCGUGUGCCUACCGAAGUGAUCAAAUCACGUCAACAAACGUCUACAUAUGGAAUCAAAACCAGUUCCAUAAAAGCCUUACAAGCAGUCGUACAAGAAUCAGGCAUGCGAGGUUUGUACGUUGGUUUCGCAGGUACGGUAGGAAGAGAAAUUCCAUUCACAUGCAUUCAAUUUCCACUUUAUGAACAUUUGAAAUUACUCAUCUCUCAAUCAAAAUUCUUUCAAAACCUUGACCCUAACUUCUCAUCAAUAAAUAAUCGAGAUGCAAGAUCGAUACCAACUUGGCAAGCAGGCUUAGCCGGAAGUAUAGCAGGUUCAAUCGCAGCAGGAUUAACAACACCUUUGGACGUCGUAAAAACACGUAUCAUGCUCGAAAGAAGGGCAAAAGGUCAACCCGUUCUCACUCAAACUGGUGUCAAUACUAAAAUUUUACCAACCCUUCGUCAUAUCGCUACAAACGAAGGCAUCAAAGCUCUCUUUUCCGGUUUCAUACCAAGAACGAUUUGGAUCGGAUUAGGAGGGUUUGUAUUCUUAGGAACGUUUGAAGCAGGAAUCAAAAUUAUUCAAGGUCCAAUAGCAUGAACCUCCCAAUGGCAUCUCUGGAAAAUAGAAUUUUGCGCCCUU